AUGAAGCUCAGCCCAGAGGAGCUGACAGCCAUGGUCCGCUAUCAGAUAGGCGCCUUGAAAGCCUUCCUCGAUGCCGAAGACGUGCCGCUACACCAUGUGAAACCACACGGGUACCCCGCCCCCCCUUUCGCCUUUAAACGCUUUGCUGACUCCUGCAGCGUCCUCUACGGCAUGAUGUACCGCGACCGCUCAGUCUGCCACGCCGUCUACUCCGCCGUACCAAAGGACACACCUGUAUUCGGCCUAGCAGGCACGAUCCAGGAGGAAGUAGCAAAAGAACUGAACCUCCCCUUCGUCGCCGAGUUGUACGGCGACGUCAAGUACAGCAAAGACGGCACCCUGGUGAUCGAUCGCAAGAAAAAGCCUUGGUCUUCUGAGGAUACCAAGAAGCAUAUUUCUUCUCAAGUGGAGAACAGUAGCGUAACGGCCGUGACGGGGGAGGAGGUGGAGUUGCCUGUUGGUGACCACACGGUAAGCCUCUGCUGCCACAGCGACAGCCCCGGCGCCGUCCAAAUAGUCACGGCAGCUCGACAGAUCGUAGACGAGCACAACAAGAAGAACGGGCAUGGUCAAAGUAGUUAUCAGUAG